AUGACAGAAAACUCAACUCAUGACAACAAGAAAUUUCCGCAAUAUUCCCCGCCGUCUCCAACUCCGUUCAUUGAGCCAGCACCAUCUCCUAGUGAAUAUUUCUCAAAUGACCACUCGUAUAAUAAUAAUCUCUCAGAAUCGAAGGGCAAUCCGUUGCUGAAAAUUAAAAUUGGCAUUUCUGGAGCUGGGAUUGGGAUUGGGAUUGUCGUAAUUAUCUCUAUUGUGAUUAUCGACAGAAAUAAGAGAAGGCAAAAAACUGGUGCAAAAAACUUUCAAUUCAUUGAUGAGGAAUUCAUAAAGAAGUACGGAUCAAUAGCCCCAAAGCGAUAUACUUAUUCAGAUGUGAAGAAAUUGACCAACUCAUUCAAAGAAAAAGUAGGACAAGGAGGAUAUGGUGUUGUAUACAAAGGGAAGCUACCUGAUGGGUGUAUGGUGGCAGUGAAAAUCCUGAGCGCGUCCAAAGGUAAUGGGGAAGAAUUUAUCAACGAAGUGGCUAGCAUUAGUAGAACAGCCCAUGUUAAUAUAGUCACUCUUCUAGGUUUUUGCUAUGAGAGGACUAAAAAAGCUCUAAUCUAUGAAUUCAUGCCAAAUGGAUCUCUUGAUAAGUUCAUAUAUGAUAAAGGACUUCCAAUUACGACAAAUCAUCACUUGGAUAGCAACACUAUGUUCCAAAUUGCGGUUGGCAUUGCUCGAGGACUAGAAUACUUGCAUCGUGGAUGUAAUACAAGGAUCUUACAUUUUGACAUAAAACCACACAAUAUACUUUUGGAUGAGGAUUUGCGCCCAAAAAUCUCUGAUUUUGGCCUUGCUAAACUAUGCAAAACAAAAGAGAGUAUUGUGUCAAUGACAGGCAUGAGAGGGACUGCAGGAUAUAUUGCACCAGAAGUCUUUAGUCGGUUCUUUGGUGGGGUCUCCCACAAGUCUGAUGUCUACAGCUACGGAAUGUUGGUUUUGGAAAUGGUUGGAGCAAGAAAAGAAUUUGAUGGUGAACUGUCUCAAACUAGCGAAACAUAUUUUCCACAUGGGAUUUAUAACAAACUUGAACAAAGAGAGAAUUUGGUAAGUUUGGGGGAUAUAACAGAGGAGGAAGAAGACACAAUAAGGAAGAUGGUAAUGGUGAGUUUAUGGUGCACUCAAACCAGUCCUUCGGAUAGGCCAUCAAUGAGUAAGGUGAUCGAGAUGUUAGAAGGUAGCCUUCAAUCCUUACAAUUUCCACCAAAGCCUGUUGUGCAUUCACCUGUGAGGUCACCUCAAGAUUCCUCAAGUUCACAGUCACAAAAUCUAACAUUUUAAAUGGUUACAAUUGUAUGAUAAGAUUCAAUAAUUUUAAAUAGAUAGGUUGUGAUGAGCUUUUCUACUCGAAGAGUGGUGCACGUAAAAGUAAUCUGUUUGGAAUGGAUGGAGUCAAGUUGAGGAAGGGUUAGAAAAGUUUUGUGAACUUGCUAAUCUUGCUAGAUUUUGAGCAGCACUGAUUGGUCUAUUCAUAAUAUUGUUUAUUGGAAGCGUUCUCAUUUCCUUUCUCCUAUGAA